CAUCACCACUCAUAAAUUUGUUCCUCAUUUUGGGGUAAAUUGGAUAGUAAUGCAUUUGUCAUUCAUGGAAAAAGAAAACUUAAUUUGUUUCUCAGUUUGGGUUAAGUUGGAUAGUAAAGUAUUUGUCAAAAUUGUGAUGUGGUGUUCAAUCCGUGUAUUUGCAUUGCGUAUUUUUUUUUUCUGUUCCAUUUUUGGUUUAUUGAGUAGUUUUAAUCCGUUUUACAGGCCUUAAAUCUCCUUAUUCAAGAAGUUUUGAUUCACGGGUUGCAGAAAAUUGAAGGUACAUUUUAUGUUCCCCAAUUUUACACAGUACUAGGAAGUAGUUUUGAUUCGAUUCAUGUGUUUACCCUUUUUGUUUGUUGAUUUAUUGUGAAAGUGUGUUGGAUUAAUUUAUACCCUUGCAGUGAAACAAUUUUAAUGAAAGAAUGUAAUGAAAGAAAGAAAAACAAUGUAAACAUUGGUAUGUACAGUGUUGCUGAAAAAUAAUUGUUUUCGGAAAUCAAUUUUAUUGUGAAAGUGUUUUGGAUUCACGUGUUUGGUCAUUCUCGUGUGUAUUUUUUUUACCGUAAUGUUUUGCCCUCGUCUGCCCUAUAUUGACCAAAAAAAAAUUGAAAGAAAGGAAAACAAUGAAAUGGUGAUGGCUGUCAUGUGUUGGGUAGUGAGUGAUUUUUGUACUUUAAUUAGAAGUUGUAGUUUGUAUUUUCCUAUUGUUAUGAAUUUAUUUUGAAAAAUUGGAUGGUUUAGACAGAAGAUUCAUGAGUUAAUGAGAUACACUAUUGAUAAAAACUAUGGCAGUUUUGUUUUUUUGUGUAUAUCAAUUAUUGGAAAAGUUAUUGAAAUGGUUAUGACAGUUAGUAGUGAAGCAUUGUUUUGUUAAUUCUGAUAUUAAAUGUUUUCCAAAUGGCUUUGUACUCUGUUCAUCAUGAAUUAAGAGGUACAAGGUACCUAGAUUGGUUAAGUUUGGGGGAAUUUUGUCUAUUCAUGUGUGUGCUUUAUGUUGUUGGUUCUCACGAAUUGUAGCAACUCGUUUGUACCACUUUUUGGUUAUGAGAGUUAGUAGUUAAGUGUUGUUUUGUUCAUUGUUUUGGUUGUGGAAGUGUUGUCGUAUAAUUUUUGAGUAUUGGAAAUCAUUUAGUUGAAAAGAGUUUCACAUCAUUUUAAUGUACUUUAAUGUGUAACAUGCAAGAAGCAUGAAAUGUGUGUUUGAAAUCUGAAUUUUUCCAAUGCCGAAUGGUUAAGUUGAUUUGAUGUGAUUUUGGGUGAUUACAAUGCACGAUUUUCAUUGUGUUUUGGUCAAUUUUUUUUUUUAUAUAGUGUAUUUGUUGAAAUAUGUAGUCCUUAUUGUUUAAAUUUGUUUAUCUUUAAUUUGGUUAGGUUCAUCAUACAUGGCUGGGAAACGCAAAAGGAAAGGGGGAAAUGAACCCGUAAAGAAGGAUGUCACCCCCGAGCCGAACGAUAAUGCGGUUGGUUGGAGAAAUUUCUUCAAUGCGAACUACAAAGCCCUUCGAGCAGCUGAGAAGGGAUUAACUGAGAAAGAGGCUACCGACAAAUUAAAAGUGCAAUAUAAAGGUUUCACCGACGAGGAGAAGUCUGAGUGGAGAAGCUAUGACCCUAACCCUAAUCCCGCUAAGAAGGCUGUGCAAACAAGGGGGAGGAAACCAAAGGCAGCUGAUGCCAAGGGGAAGAAAGUGGAGGUGGAUGAGGAAGAGGGUGCUCCUGAUAGUGAAGAAGCAUCUGUGUACGGUCGAUGCUCCUUCAACCGUUUAAUGAGGAUUUGCAAGAACCUGAACCUGGAGCAGAAAGAUGUGAUCCAAAAUGCUGGAUUUGGAUCAUUCAUCAGAGAGGAUGCACCAUACGUUGACACCCGACUAGUGAGUUGGUUAAUCAAACAUGUUGACCCAACCACUAGCAUACUGGAUUUGUAUGGGAGGAAAAUUCACUUAUCUGCCGCGAUGUUCGGAGAUGUUAUGGGGGUGGACGACGGAGGGGAUCCUGUAGUCACCGAGGGUGAUAGUGACACUCGAUAUCUGGAGGAGAUAUUGAACGUUGUCGAGUACACCGUGUCCUUGACAAUGUUGGAGAAAUCUUUGUUGGAGUGCGUUGAGGCAGACAGCCUAUUUCUCAUUAAAUUUUCUUUGGUGGUCAUAGGGACAGUCCUUGCGCCGAAAACGGGGGUCGAUAUCACUUCGGGGUACUUGCACUCCCUUAGGGUUACCAGGGACAUUCGCCACAAGAACUGGGCGACUGCGGGGUUCAGGUAUCUGAUGAACUCAAUUUUCAGAUUCCGAAAUAAGGCGACGAAGAAUGUAUCUGGCUGCACCUUAUUCCUCCAGUUGGUGUACUUGACUCACGUGGAGUGGAACUUUGGAUAUGUCGACCGAACAGUGCUCCCCGUUGAUUUUUGGGGUAGUAAACAAUGUAAGUCCGCUUACAAAUUUGUGAAAGACAAUGGGGGUCCCAACAGCGACAAGAUAACGCUCACUUCGAAUCCCGUAAUAUCGCCCAACUACUACUCGGACUCGGAAGGAAGAAAGAGCAGUGACCACUUUGUCAGCUCUAUCAACGAGUUGAAGGAGUACAUCUCGAAUGAGUUAAAGUCUCAGUUGAGAUCAUUUUCUUUGAAAUUUAUGGACAAAGGAGAAGGUGUAGGUGGUAUUGACCGAGAGUUGGAGGAGGAUGCUGCUGCGGAAACGGGGAAGAAGGCGGAGUGCAGCCAGGCCGUGGAGGAGUCCCCGUUGAAGUCCCCUGUCCGUUCGAAGACUAAUGUUGUUGGUCUAUCCGACGAAAAUGUGGUGGAUUCUGUAAGUACGCCUUCACUAUCUGUUACAAAAUCUGUUGAAGAUGAAGGUGCUGCACAUAAGACCUUCGACGAUGAGGACUUUGAUAUACUCGAAGUGGCAUCUUUCUGGAAUAAAGGCAAAGCCCCCGUCAAAUCAAAGAAGUCACAGUCGGAGAAUGUGCCUUUAAUUGAGGAUGACUUCAACGAUAAGGCGUACGAGCAAUUCAUUGAGUCGGGCAGAACUGUUGUCGGGCCAUUCAAGACGAAGGAAGCGAUCCCCCGUAACCAAUAUGGGUUUUACAAGUUUAUUUUUAGCAACACGUUAGAUCCGGGAUAUGUGCUUGCGAAAUUUCGAAAGUUUGAAGUGGAUAGGAGGUGCAUGGCAUCGUUGCGUCCGUUGCGAGAAGUUGAGGGAUCCGUAAGUGUCAAAGUAUUAACUAAAUAUGUAUCAUUUAUUGUACAUGUGUAAAUCAUAUUUCAUUUUGUUGCAGAUC